GAAAAUCAAUAAUGGCAACUUGAAAACAAGUAAGUUGUGAGUGAGCAAACUCACCACCGGAUGUGAGCGAGUGGUGCGAGUAAAUUGAAGACUUCAAGCAGAGAGCCCCAAAGGACACAAUACUAUACCUUCAAAUUGUGAGAAUUGCAAAGCUUGAAGCAGACAGUCAUCAGUGAAGUAGCCAGUCAGUCGCAAUACAAAUACAUAUUUACCUAUUCACUCGCAUUAAUUUACGGUGCAGUAUUUGUAAAAACACAGUGGAAAUUUGCGUGAAGAAUUAAUCGUGUUUUUAAAUAGUAAAACUCUCUACAGUGCUAAUUAAAUAUAAAUGAACAAACAAAAUAUUGCAAAAGACAUCAGUACUAGCUGCGAAAGUAAAAACGAAAAGGCGAAGUUUGGUCUACAACAACUUUGUCUUGCAUCGAUGGUGAUUGUGGGUGGGGAAGUGCGCUUCGAUUUUUCACCAGAGCAUACAAUAUUCGAUUAACGCGAGCUAUAAUUACUUUUCACAGCAAUUUUGUGACUUCAAAUAAACGACAGUCAGAGCCAACAGUGUUUUUAUUAUCACACUGUGGAGUCUGGGCCAAUUGUGUACGUUCCCAGGUUACAUCUUUCCAACAAUUUGAUUUGGCUUAUGCGCACCCAAUACCCGUAACAUGCGCUCCCUGGCUGACGAAACCAGGAAAUUAACGUUGAACAACAACAAUAAUAACAACAACACCUCGACUACCAUAGCGAUUGUCACGCAGUCAAAAAAUAAUAAAUCGAAUAAAAUUUACAAGAUGCAACAGCAAGUCAACGUAAUGACCAGCGCCACCACGGGUGUUCAUCAAAAGCAACAGCAUCAGCAGCAACAAAAGCAAAUUAAGCAACAGCAGAACAACAACUCCACAACAAUUAGCCUGCCUAAAGCUUCACAUGCGAACACAAGUGAAGAGAUUGCCGGCGGUGUGCAGGACACUAUCUAUUUGUGCAACUUUCGCGUCUCCGUUGACGGCGAUUGGCUUUGCCUGAAGGAGCUACAAGAUCUUGACAUUGGGCAGCAGCAUAGUGGCGGCGGUGGCACCAGUACCAGCGUCUAUGGCGUACAUCGCGGCACACAGCUGGGCAAAAACAAACGCUAUUCGGGAAUGUCGAACGGUUUGGAUGAUAAUGCACGCGAUCCAGCUGAAAUCGAACGCAGUAAUCUCGUAAAUAUUUGCAAACUCGUGGUAAAGGAAUUACUAGAGCAGUCGCUACGUUUCGGACGUAUGUUGGACUCGGACCACCUACCACUGCAACACUUUUUCAUCGUCAUAGAGCAUGUACUGGGUCAUGGCUUGCGUCCAAAGAAGGGUCUUUUGGGGCCACGCAAAGAAUUGUGGGAUCUGUUGCAGAGCGUAGAAAACUAUUGUCCCGAGGCGCAGGACAUCACCGCAAGUGUACGUGAUUUGCCCACCGUGCGCACACAUAUUGGACGCGCUCGCGCUUGGCUACGCAUAGCGCUGAUGCAGAAGAAAUUGGCCGAUUAUUUGCAGGCACUUAUCGAGCAUCGCGACGAUUCGCUCUACGAAUACUACGAACCGCAUGCGUUAAUGAUGAGCGACGAGAUUGUGGUCAUAAUGGGCAUUUUGGUGGGUCUAAAUGUCAUCGAUUGUAAUUUGUGCGUGAAAGAGGAAGAUUUGGAUUCGCAACAGGGUGUUAUCGACUUCUCACUUUACUUGCGUUCGAGUUCGCGCAGUAACGAGAACGACGAAGAGAUCAAUCAGUCAUUGGAGGCGAAUGGUCAGGGCAACAUGAUUGCCGUGUUGGACCAAAAGAACUAUAUUGAAGAGCUCAAUCGGCACUUAAAUGCCACAGUCGGUAAUCUACAGGCCAAGGUUGAAUCGCUUACAACAACAAAUGCGCUCAUGAAGGAGGAUCUAGCGAUUGCGCGCAAUAGCCUCUUAGCCUUACAAGCCGAGAAUCAGGCACUACGUCAAAAUGCCACCGUUACCAAUGUUUCUGCAGCAAACGCGGAAGCCAGUCCAAACAAAUCGUCAGAUCGUGCGAAUAAAGCAACGAUCGACACACUCAACGCCGAAUUGAGUGAAGAGAAAAAGAAAAAUGCCGAACUCGAUAAGGAGUUGAAACUACAAGUAUCCCUGAAGGCCGAAUCCGAUGUGGCAAUGAAAUUGCUUGAGAAGGAUAUACACGAAAAGCAGGAUACAAUCGUAUCGCUGCGACGCCAAUUGGACGAUAUAAAACAAAUUAAUUUGGAAAUGUAUCGCAAAUUACAGGAAUGCGACGCUUCGCUCAAACAUAAAACCGAAUUGCUCAAAAAGCUCGAGAGUCAAAAGGAAGACAUGGCCAGCACAAUUGCACAGCUGGAGAAGAAAUGGGACAAUGAUAAAAGCAAUUUGGGAGAAAUACUCAAGAAUACCUCACAAACACUGUCCACACAGGUGAACGCAUCCGAGGAACGAGCCGCACGCGCCGAAGCUGAGGCGCGUAUAGAACGCGAAUGGCGGCAUUCGUUACAAGAGAAGGAAGUGAAGUUGAAGGAGAAAAUCAGUUCACUGCAAAAUUGCGUAAAAGAACUCACCGACGAUGCACAACAGAGUGCCAAGCUGCGGGUAGAACUCGACAAAAUGCGCACACAAUGGACGGAGGCACAAACCACACUCGAAGAGUUGGGCAUACAGUUAAGCGUUAGCAAAUUGAAGGUUUCCGAAUUGGAGGAGCGCGAAAGAAAGCAGCAGCAAUUGCGCUCGUCCGAUCUGUCACUGCAGUCACCCUCGGAGGUGGGUAGCGCUGGUAUAUGGGCGCCAGAUUCGAUUGCCACACAUUGCACGGCGUGCAAGAAAGAAUUCGGCCUGACGCGUCGAAAACACCAUUGCCGCAGCUGUGGCGACAUCUUCUGUAACACAUGCUCGGAGCAUACACUGCCACUACUCAACGAUCAGGGGCAGCUGGGCAAGCCGGUACGUGUUUGCUAUCGCUGCUUUGAGACGCGGAAAUGAUGAUGCUUUCACAAACUUGCACUAAUUUAAUUUUAUAUUGUACUAGCUAAAGGCAUACAAAGCCUGUGUAUUUAAUAUGUAUGUAUGUAAAUGUUCAUGUAUAUGCAUUCUAUAUGUAUUAUCAGUGUGUACAUAUACUAAAUCUAUUUAUCAAUUUUGUAUUUGUGUGUAUUGCCGAGUUAAAGUACAAUUCUGGGCAGGCUCGGUAUUUGUGAAACAAAUCACCAACUAUUUUAAAUGUGUACAACUUGUCUAUAUUUACAGUGACAAAUAUUGUACGAACCUAUGAAAAUAUUCUAGUUUUUUAGUGUAAUAAGCGGUACACGCUAGUAUUUUAAACUGUAUCAAAUAUGCUUGUAUUCAAUGUAUUGAAAUAUUUAUUACUUUUCAUACAAAUAUACCAGUUACAAUUAAAAUUGUGGAAAGGCAAUUUA